AUGUCAGGCAGAGUUGACGAACAGCUCGACGAUUUUCUGUGGGGAAAAACCGACGUGAAAGAUUACCUCAAAAAAGUCGCCGAAUGUGAUUCUACUGUGGCUGACUCCCUCAAUAGGAAAGUUGCGGGACUUCAUGAUACACUUGACAAACAGCUUCGCAAAGGAGUUGAAACAAAUCUUCCUCGUCUACUAGAACAAGUUCCCGCACUUCAGUCUCUGGAAGAUACUCUACAUUCAGUGCAAAUGAGAAUGACAUCGGUCACAAAUGAAUCUAAUCGCUUAGCCUCUGUCUGUGAUGAUCUGACUAUGAAACUUCGGGAGCAAACUCGACUAUUAGAAGCUACAAUGUCGAAAAGAAAUAUGGCAUCAGAUGCACAACGUUGUGAAGAACUUUUCGAAUCACUGGAGAAAAGAAGUGACUUGGUGAAAAAGGCAGAGAUUACCGCUGAAAUCAAAGAAAUUCUGAAUGAUAACAAAAAUCUUCGGAAAAUCGGAUGGCUCAAGAAUAUGGUGGAUACCAAGCUCAAAGUAGCUGAAAAUGAGGUACGGCGUAGUGGUGCCGAAGAACUUAAGCGAGGAUUGGCAUCUCUGAAUAGUUCAAUGGUUAUUUCGGCUCGACGAGCGCUUCGGACUCUCAACUGUUUAGACUCGGAGCUUGAAGUGUUACUAUCAUCAUCUGUAGUAGAUCUAGAUAAAAAAUUGAUAGAACUAUCGAAUGCCUCUCCAGAAAUCGCUAAUAAGUCACUACCAGUAGUAGCAGCAACUAUUCAAUCUCAUUUGGAACAAGCCUCGAUGCUUGGUGAUGCUUACAAGAAAAAAUUCUCUGAAAAGUUGGCCAGACUCAUUCGUAGUAGAGUGCCUUUGGAUACUCCAUAUGCCUUGAGAUUUGUGCAGCAGUUGGGAAGAGUUUUCAACUCGAAAGGAGAUAAUUCUCCAGCUCUCAACGAUUCUCUUCGUCCUCUCAAGAACUCGCUCCUAACUCACUCACUGUCUCAUUUGCAUAAACUGGUUGAGGAAAACGAUUUCUCUACAGCACAUGCAAACGCAUUUGUUGAUUUGAUCAAUUCGGCAAUGGAAGAAGAACAUAGAAAAGUUGAUUGGGAUGCAGAUCUAAGCCAGAAAAUGAGCAGCAAUAUUGAGAAGUGUAUCGAGAUCAUUGCAAAAAAGCUGGAGGCGAAUCUUCAUCUGCAACGAGAUGACUUGUUACUAGGAGACCGACUCACUGCGAAUCAAAUGGUGAAUUAUCGUCUUAUUCAAACCGCUGACGGUAUUAUGAAACGCUGGCCCUCCGAAUCGAAGAGUGUGGCUGCUGUACAAAAAGAAACACUAGAUGCAAUCGUGACAGAAGUUAAAAACUCAAUCCGCGAUAUUGUUGCGAGAAUGCAUGUUGAAACACGUGGAAUGACGAAGUCAGUAGCUCCUUACAUGAUCGAACUUCUCACCUACAUAAAUCACAUUGAUAUGCACAUGGCUCAUGUUUCUCGUGCAGUUUGUCAUUCGCAUAUCCUCUCUCAAAUAGCUGAAUAUGUCAUAGACUCAUUCAUUCUUAAUGCUACCCUAGUCAGAUCUCAUGGUUCGGACGAAAGGCAGCUUAUUGUUAUCGAUUUCUCAAGACUACUGGAAGCCGUACGUUCUAUGGAAUGGCCAUCGAAAUAUGGUGACACCUCUCGAUUGUUGGAUCUGUUUGGAUCAGAUGUAGAUGUGAUGCUGAAAGUAGAAGGUGUGAAGAAGUCAGUCCUUGUACAACUUCUUGUUUCUGACAGUCCAUCUGAGCUUCUGCUCCCAAAUCAAUCUGUUAAAUGGGCGCCCGAAGAAUACGUGAAAUGGUACGAAGAACAUACAGAAAUGGAAGUUCUCGCUUUCUUGAACGGACUAAUUACAUCGUACAAUUCUUCUGUUAUCUCACGUGGCCAACAACAUUAUGUGGAGAACUACCCUCGGAUCAUGCAACUUCUUCAAGACGCUUUCUAG